UCCACUGCCUCUUAAAAGUGAGCUCAGCUGGCACUGGGUUGCAUUGAAGUCCUCCACCCUGCCUGAAGGAAGAAUGCUUUUGGGUGGUGGGAACGUGGAGAAGAUGCGGUGUGUCCAGCUGUCCCUUGGAGUGCUAACCAUCCUGACCAUGACCGUGUCUGUCCCACCUGCACACGGAGAGCCUUUUUUACUACAAGAGAACCGAGUGCUUCCGGAGAGAGAAGACACAAAUCACGAGGACACCCUGCUGACUCUGCUUCUUAAUAAGAAGCUUGCAUGGCGGAGACCGGAAAAUAUUGACUGGGAGCUGGCAAAGAAAUUUGAAGAGCUUGAGCAGCUGGAGAAGUUGAAGGAUCAGCUCUCAACUGAGGAAGGGUCAGAGGUGGCCUAUGCUUUGGAAAGUCUCUCGGCAUCCCAGCCCAAAAAACGCGCCUGCUUCUGGAAAUACUGCAUCUGAAGGCCUGCCAGGACUGGAGGAUGAAGAUGAGCCCUUCCCCAAACUGCCUUGCUGGGUAUUAACGUGUUAAGAGUUUGUUCUGUUCUCUUAUCGUGCUGCUGACUUGGAUGCCAUCCUCCCUGACCGCAUCACAGCCAAGGCUAACAGGGACCAUGGCAGGAGCUGGUAACCCACUACCACUCUCCACGGUUCCUUCCUUCCAGGGUUAACCUACCAGCAUCUUCCUCUUUCCUCGCUGUCCUGUGUGUGCCAUUCAGUCUGCUGCCACUGUACCCUCCUCCCCUUCUCACCCAGUGCCCGAGGCACCAAACAUUAACUCAG